AUGCUUUCCGGCGUGCUCUCCGAUUCGAAACGCGUGGUCGCAGCUCACUCUCGCCACUUCCUCGCUCUCACCGUGCUCUUCAUCCUCCCCCUCUCUCUCCUCCUCCUCUUCACCCCUUCCUUCUUCUCUCCCCCUCGAUCUCUCCUCCGAUCUUCGUAUCACUCCGAUCCGCUCCCCUAUCUUCUCGCCGGCGUCCUCUGUCUUUUCCUCCUCGCCGCCGUCUCCUCGAUCUCAGCCAGCACCCAUCACGGCUUCUUCGGCCGCCCUGUUCACCUUCUCCCAACCCUAAUCUCCAUCCCUUCCCCAAUUCUCCGCCUUAUCCUCACUCUCUUCCUCCCAACCCUCCUCCUCAUCGCCCUCCUUUUCCUCGCCCCUUCUCCUCUCAUCUACGCCCCGAUCCUCCUCUUAUCGACCCUAUACUUCAUUGUCUGCUCCCUCAUCCCCAUCAUCGUCGUCCUUGAAUCCACCUGGGGCUUCCCUCCAUUCCACCGCAGCUUCCAUCUCCUCACCGGCAUGCGCUGCGCCGCUCUAAUCCUCAACCUCUCCUUCUCCUUCCUCCUGGGAAUCAUCCUCUGGGUCUUCAACUCUAGCGUUGGCUUCAACUACGAGAUACGCAGCCAAGGUGUUCGAGACAUUGUCCGAACCGUGCUUGGCUCCGCUGUUUCAACCGUGAUGCUUCUCUACUUGAUCGUGACGAACACCGUCUUGUAUAUGUACUGCAAAGCCCUGCACGGCGAGCUCGAAGCCGAGAUCGUGCGCGAGUUCGCUUGGGACUACGUUUCCUUGCCCUUCGACGACCACAAGGUCCCGCACAUCGUGUCCGUGUCUCACCCGUAA